UCACCUGCUUUUUGUUCAACAAUCGUAGCACGUACUCGGUCAAGAGCGGGUGUAAAUCCGGAGAAAGUGUAGUUGCGUUCAUUUCCGCCAAGAAGUGUUUACAUCUGAUCAGCUGAUUGCCGGCCGAUGCGUCGAAUCGUUUCGAAUCUGGCCAGCAAAAUGGUGCAAAUAAUUGAUAUUGGGGCAAACCUGACCGAUCCGAUGUAUCAGGGGGUUUACGGAGGUAGCACCAAGCAUCAGCCGGAUCUCUCGAACGUGCUCGACCGCGGAUGGACCGGAGGUUUGGACAAAAUCAUCGUGACCGUUGGCACCCUCACUGAUUGCGAACCUACGUUCGAAAUCGUAAAGAAUGAUGCAAGGCUCUACGCAACAGUCGGAUGCCACCCGACGCGGUGCGGUGAAUUCAUCCCUGAUCCGGAAUCCUACUUUACCGGACUGUGCCGGCAGAUCGAGGAGCACCGUGAUAAGGUGGUAGCGAUCGGGGAGUGCGGCCUGGACUACGACCGUUUGCAUUUUUGUGAGAAGGACAUUCAGAAGCAGUACUUUGAGAAACAGCUCGAUCUGGCAGAGAAGUACGAUCUGCCGUUGUUUCUACAUUGCCGCAAUGCCCAUGAUGAUUUUGUCGAGAUUUUGUUCCGAAAUCUGCCGAGACUGCCGCGACGCGGUGUAGUCCAUUCGUUCGAUGGAACACUGGCUGCAGCGGAGACACUGAUUGAGAACGGAUUCUACAUUGGGCUGAAUGGCUGUUCGUUGAAAACGGAGGAAAAUCUGGCCGUCGCAGCGAGCGUAUCGGACGAAUGGAUUAUGGUCGAAACGGACAGCCCCUGGUGCGAGAUUCGUCCAUCGCAUGCUGGUUCGAAGCACGUGCGAACAAAGUUUCCGGCGGUGAAGAAGAAGGAAAAAUGGGAACCCACUUCCCUUAUCGCUGGUCGCUGUGAACCCGUUAUGAUACUCCAAGUUCUCGAAGUUCUGGCUGGCGUGAAAGGAAAAACGGUGUCGGAACUAGCAGCGCAGUACUACAGCAACACAAUGAAAAUGUUCUUCCCGAAAGAACAAGCCGCUUGUCGCGAGGAUGAAGAUAAAUGA